UCGGUGGUUGCCUCCAAUUGGCCGCCUUCCCCAUCCACAUGGCCCAUCCAUCCAAUCCAUCCCCUACUCAAAGUGACGAGGUGCAAACCGCGCGGUACACUUGCCAGUUGGCAUUUGGUUCUCAACGCAAGCGGACCGACCACGUGGAAUAGUUUCAGUUUUGGAUUGCAUCAGCCGCAGUUUGGAAUACCCUGAGACGUGCCCAAGGAGAUCCCCGACUCACAGUUGGAAUAUCCACGCAAUGGCUGCCGGUGUCUUCAAGAGCUUCAUGCGAGACUUCUUUGCGGUGAAAUACGAUGAGAAGCUAAAUGAUCCACAAUCGGAGCGACUGGAUGGAAAUGGACGGCUCUAUCCCAAUUGCUCCUCGGACGUCUGGCUGCGAUCCUGCGAGCGUGAAAUAGUGGAUCCCAUCGAGGGUCACCAUAGUGGCCACAUCCCGCGAUGGAUUAGCGGCAGUCUGCUGCGCAACGGACCUGGCAGCUGGAAGGUGGGGGACAUGACCUUUGGCCACCUCUUCGACUGCUCGGCACUGCUCCAUCGAUUUGCCAUUAAAAAUGGCCGUGUGACCUACCAGAAUCGAUUUGUGGAUACGGAAACGCUUAGGAAAAACCGUUCUGCCCAAAGGAUCGUGGUAACGGAGUUCGGAACUGCAGCUGUUCCGGAUCCUUGCCACUCAAUCUUUGAUAGGUUCGCUGCCAUUUUUCGACCGGACAGUGGCACGGAUAACUCGAUGAUUUCCAUCUACCCCUUUGGGGACCAGUAUUACACAUUUACCGAAACACCUUUCAUGCAUCGAAUCAAUCCCUGCACACUGGCCACUGAGGCGCGGAUCUGCACCACGGACUUUGUGGGCGUGGUGAACCACACUUCGCACCCACACGUCCUGCCCAGUGGGACUGUCUACAACCUGGGGACCACAAUGACCAGAUCUGGGCCGGCUUACACCAUUCUCUGUUUUCCGCAUGGCCAGCACAUGUUUGAAGAUGCACAUGUGGUGGCCACGCUGCCCUGCCGCUGGAAACUGCAUCCUGGAUACAUGCACACAUUCGGCUUGACGGAUCACUACUUCGUGAUUGUGGAGCAGCCACUGUCCGUAUCCUUGACGGAGUAUAUCAAGGCCCAGUUGAAUGGACAGAAUCUCUCCGCCUGCCUCAAGUGGUUCGAAGAUCGACCGACGCUCUUUCACCUUAUAGACAGGGUUUCAGGAAAGCUGGUGCAGACCUACGAAUCGGAGGCCUUCUUCUACCUGCACAUCAUCAACUGCUUCGAGCAGGAUGGCCAUGUGGUGGUGGACAUUUGCAGCUACAGGAAUCCCGAGAUGAUCAACUGCAUGUACCUUGAGGCCAUAGCCAAUAUGCAAACGAAUCAUAAUUAUGCUACCCUCUUCCGAGGACGUCCAUUGCGAUUUGUCCUGCCUUUGGGUAUGGUUCCCAAAGCGAAUUGCGGAAAGCGCAGUCUGGUCAAGUCCUUGUCCCUCGGCGGUCUGAGUUCCUCGCAGAUUAACCGCGGUAUGAAGCACUCGGUUUCGCAAUUUUCGGACAUCACCUACAUGCCAACCAAUGGGAAGCAGGAGAAUUCCGGCGAGGAGAGUCCCAGGAGAGAUCCCAAACGGGGUCGCUACGAGGAAGAGAAUCUGAAUAAUCUGGUCACCUUGGAGGGCAGUCAGGCUGAGGCUUUUCAGCGAUCCAGCGGAAUCUUCCUGCGUCCAGAAAUGCUUUGCGACUGGGGUUGUGAAACGCCCAGGAUCUUUUAUGAACGAUACAUGGGCAAGAAGUAUCGCUACUUUUACGCAAUCAGCUCCGAUGUGGAUGCAGAGAAUCCGGGAACGCUCAUCAAAGUGGAUGUGUGGAACAAGACCUGUCUGACCUGGUGCGAGGACAAUAUCUAUCCCAGUGAGCCUAUUUUUGUGCCCUCGCCAGAUCCUCAAUCCGAGGACGAUGGCGUCAUUCUGGCAUCUAUGGUGGUGGGUGGUCUCAACGAUCGCUAUGUGGGCUUGAUCGUCCUGUGUGCCAAAACCAUGACCGAACUGGGUCGUUGCGACUUCCACACCAACGGACCUGUGCCCAAGUGCCUCCAUGGAUGGUUUGCUCCCAAUGCCAUUUAGAAUAUAAUUUAUAUUGUUUAUAUAGGAUGACCCCUGGCCAAGAUCAUUAUACUUAGAGCAAAUGAUCAUUCUCCUUGCCCAGUAUUACGCAUAGAAUUAGACUAGUGACUUUUUUUAUUAGCUCAAAACUUUGGAUUCAAAAUAUUUGCAAUAAACUCAUUCCACUUGCGCUGGAACACCCGA